AUGAUCCACACCGACAUCGCAGAGAUCCUAUGCGUCAAGCCCAAGACCAAGAAGAAGAAGAAGACAAUGGAGCAAGAUAUGAAGAAGAAAAAGAAGACGAUGAAGAUAGAAGGAGAAGUUGUUAUUAUGAAGAAGAACGUUCUUGAUUUCAAAGACGCCAUGGCUUCUCUUCUUGAUCGUAUCCACGAGCUUCUCGGUCGUCGUGUCUCUCUUCACCUCAUCAGCUCCCUCCAACCCGACCCGGCCAAUGAGAAGAGAGGAAGACUUGGGAAAGCAGCGUAUCUGGAGAAAUGGGUGACAAAAAUAAAAACGUCAGUAACCGCAGAGGAAACCGCGUUUGGAGUGACGUUUGAUUGGGACGAGUCAAUGGGACCACCGGCUGCGUUUGUGAUCAAGAACCAUCACCAUAGCCAGUUCUACCUGAAAAGCCUCACUCUUCGCAACUUCCCCGGCGGUGAAGGCGGUCCAAUACACUUCGUUUGCAAUUCUUGGAUCUAUCCGAACCAUCGAUACAGCUCCGACCGCGUUUUCUUCUCGAACAAGGCAGCGCUGAGCACCGAUGAUCCUCAAUAUCAAGACAAGAGAAUGGUUGCUCAAAGGAACGGAAAAUUAUCUCAACAAGUUUUUCAGGUUCGCGUGGGAAAAGAAAAAGAAGCUGUUCAAGACAUGCUUCCGUACCUGCGGUUGGGUUACAUGUCUGACCCUGCUGAAAUGCAAUCAGUUAUUUCAUCCCAAGGUCCAGUUUGUCCAAUGAGCCCAUGCAUGGAAAGAGCAGUACUAGAUCAGCUUGCAGAUUACUUCAUGAGACGCUUGUCUGGCUACCCUACUACCCUGAAAGAAGAUGAUGCAUUGUUGGCAGAUCCUAGUUUGAAUCCUAGGAAGCGAGUAGCCACACGGCUUGUCCGACUGGAGAAGAAGAUGCUAGCUGCGUGCCUUAUGGCAACAGUCGAUUUGUUAAAUGAAUUGCCCGAUACAACCGUCUCUCCGUGCCCAGCACCAUUUGCUCCCUCUUUGAAAUAA